UUCGUGGAGAUGAUAUACCAAGCAAGACGACGGCGGCGGCGGCGGCUUCGCGAUUCCUCCCCUUCUCGUCGGCUCCAAGCAAAAGCGUAGCUAGGGUUUUAGGUUUUUGGAGGCUCGGAGCCAUGGAGAACUCCGCCGAGAUGCAGAGAUUCAUCGAGCAAGAGCAGCAGAAGGCAAUGGUGAGCGAGAUGGUCGGCAAGCUCACAAGCGUGUGCUGGGACAAGUGCAUCACCAGCACUCCAGGAAGCAAGUUCAGCUCCGGGGAAACGACUUGCCUGACCAACUGCGCUCAGAGGUUCCUUGACAUGAGCGUGAUCAUCGCCAAACGGUUUGAGAUGCAGUAGCAUGGCAGCACCUGAAGUGGACUACUUAUAUCAAAUGCCUCUUUUUUUUUUCACUUAGCUUCCUUUGAACAUGUGAACAAUGACAAAUUUAACAGUGAAUUGUUUUAUGUAAUUCUGGGACAAAAGCGCGCUGUUGUCUCCAGUUUUUUGUCAUGUGAUGCUUUGAUCUCUACCGGCGACGCCCCAUUUAUAUUGCAGGCAAUCUCUAGGCAUAAUGCUUAUUACUUCCGCAGUGCAAUGAUAUUGAUUAAUCUUUUAUUUGCUUAA